GUACUUGAAGAUUAUUCCAUUGUAAAGUUUGUUCCGCUCAACUGCGAUGAAGAAGAAAGUAUUGAACAAUUAUUACUCGUUAUCGACACUACAAUCCAAUAUGGUGAAGAUCUCGAAGUUAGAGACAGGUAUCCAGAAGAGGAAGAUCCAGAAGAAAGAGAAGACUAGAAAUUAAGC